AUGAUUAACGGCAUUUUAGAUGUCGGUGCAUUGUUUAUCGAUGGUAGUAAUCGCGGCAUGGCCAUCAAAUGGUUGAAUUUAUCGGAUAAAACCAAAAUUGAUUAUUCCAUAUAUAUUGAAUCGGAUUCGAUAGUUGUUUGUGAUUGUCAAUAUCAACAUCAUGCUUUUGUGACUUCUCCAGCUAGUGAGCGAAUUGAUCAUUAUGUGAUCUAUUUGGAUGAAGUUCAUACGACAGGAACAGAUUUCAAGUUUCCCAACGAAUUUUGUGCGGCUGUCACUUUGGGCAAUUGUAUAACCAAAGAUCGAUUCGUUCAGGUUUGCAUCAGAAUGAGAAAAUUAGGAAAAUAUCAUUGGUUAACUUUCUGGAGUUCACAUGAAGUUGAUCAACAAAUUCGAUUAUUGAAAAAGAAUGUACUACAGCAAAGUCAAAACAAAAAAAUACAUUUGAUUGAUAUUCUUCGUUGGGUAUAUGAAAAUACACAACAGACAACUCGGGAUGGAUUACAUCAUUGGUCAACACAAAGUCUGAGUUAUCAACGAAAAGUUAGUGUCUUUCAGCAUAUUCAAUAG